CAGGUACAACAAGCUGCAGGAGGACAGGUACAACAAGCUGCAGGAGGACAGGUACAACAAGCUGCAGGAAGCUGCAAUUACUAUCCCACAGAGUUUACAUAGACUCUCUCAUUCUCCCUCACACACAGAGCACUGUUUGUAUAGACUGAUAAGCUGAGAGGGGGGGUGGGGAGGAGGGAGGGAGGGAUAACAGCCCAGCUAAGGGAGAGAAAACACACACAAGGGUGAGAAAGCCUCUGCAUGCACACACUGAGAAGGACAGAAGAAGAGAAGCAAAAACAGAGAAGAACAUAUAGCAGAGAGAGAACCGAGGGGGAGGCGAGUGAGAGACAGAGGGAGGAAGAGGAAAAGUGAGGGUCUGCUGGAUCAUGCCUCUGAGAGGGAAGGUGGCUCUGGUGACCGGGGGAGCUCAGGGCAUCGGGAGAGCCGUGGUUCAGUCCCUGCUGCAGAGCUCAGCCAAGGUGGCUGUGGUGGACCUGAACAAGACGUGUGGAGAGGAGAGCAAGGCACUGCUGGACGCCGAGUUCGGAGAGGGACACUGCCACUUCAUUCCCUGUGAUGUGUCCAAUGGAGAUGCACUGAGAGGUAACACUGUCCACACAGAAGAGACAUGA